ACGGGGCGGGCCGGGCCGGCCCGGCGGGGCCGCCGCCAUGAACAGCGUGGGCGAGGCGUGCACGGAGCUCAAGCGCGAGUACGACCAGUGCUUCAACCGCUGGUUCGCCGAGAAGUUCCUCAAGGGCGACAGCGCCGGCGACCCCUGCGGGCAGCUCUUCAAGCGGUACCAGCUCUGCGUGCAGAAAGCAAUCAAGGAAAAGGACAUACCCAUCGAGGGCCUGGAGUUCAUGGGCCCGAGCAAAGGGAAAACUGAAAACUCCUCUUGACCUUGGCUGUGUGGCUGGAAUCACUGAUAUGAGCCUUUGGACUAAGCACCAUCACCAGGUGUACCACUAGGUGCCACCUGGAUAAAACCUUUAGAUCUUUGUUAACUGCUUUCUAGGAAGCAAGGAAUCUUCUCUGCUUAUGAAAACAAACAGCUAAAAAAAAACCCAGAAGACUGGAUCAUGUGGUAACUGCUGCCUCUUGUCCAGUGAAUUUUGGUGGUGGUUCAGCACCUAACAGCUUAAAAAUCCAUGUGACCUAACUUCCUGUUGAAUGUACUCUGUAACGGGGGAAUGGUGAUUGGAGCGAGCUGAGAUAAUUUAUUUGUGAUUGGUUUCUUUUGCUAAUCUAUAUAACACUUGAAAGUGUUUAAAAAUAUGAAGAGGGUUGAUUUACCUUGUCCCCUCUCUAUGCUGCUGAAUUUUGGUGGAAGAAGUUUGUUUCAUGUCAUCCUGAAUGUUGAGGGGCUAAAGCAUUAUUUCCUGUCAGCUACAGAGAUGGUCUAAAAGCACUAAUGGGCCUUCAACUUUAGCUUGGCUAAAAUAAAUAUAACCAGGUUAUGUUUUGUUGAAGUUCAGAACUGUUCAGUAGAAUCUGAUUGUGGCCUGCUCAGGAGCUGAAGAGGAGCCUUUUCUGAGGCAGUGACCCAACCAUGAACUUGAAUUCUCUCUCCUUUAGCAUUACAUGUUCCCAUGGCAUGAUCCUCACACAGGGAUGGGGAAAAGCUGGCCCCUCUCCUUACACCAACAGAGGUGAAAGAGUAAAGAAUAUUAUGGCCUGGGGACAAAAGAAAAGUCAACUUCCUAAUUAUCCUGGAAUUACAGUGAGGGGAAAAAAGAGCUCCUACAGUGUCAGCACAGGGGUUAAAUGUAGCACUGAAAAAAACAAGCUGUUGACAAACUGCUGGGUCACUCAGGUAUAAAUAAAAAACAGUGAGCUAAGGGAAAGAUCUAUAAAUAGCAUUUUGGGGACUGUUAGGUACGUAGCUUUUAUUUCUUAAGGAAUAACACAACCAGUUUGCUUUUCUAUGAUCCUUCAUGUAGGGCUAAAUGUAGCGUGAUUUUUGUCAGCUUUAAAACAACUGUGCCUUGUUCUGUGCUUUUAACACAGAAGAACUUGUCUCAGCAGUCGUUUUAUUGUAAGCAGAUGAAAUAAAUUGCAUUGAAACAUGGGGAAGGAUGUCCUGCAGCACCCACCUUGAGACUCUCUCUUGCCAUCCAUCAUCCUUUCAACAGCAAGAUGCUAAGGCAGCUGCUGCAUUCUUCCUUUUGGGAAGAACAGGAUAAACGACAGCUGAGACAAGAGCUCAGUUUUGUACCGUGCAAAAAAUAGAAAAGUUGCAGAAAGAAUCGGAAAACAGUUGACUUGCAGCAAGGAGAAACUCCAAAGAGAAUGUGCUGGCACAGACUCAGGCUGUUGGCUGUGGAAGGUCACUCAUCCCCUGUAGGUUAACCAGUUUUUGCAUGACACGAUACACAUUAUACAAGUAUGUGCAGUGGGGCCUAAAAUUGUGGUUUCUUUUGCAAGACUUGUGUGACUGACUCAAACAACCAGACUGCAGCUUUAUGGAAAGCAGAGUUGUGAGCAAGAUAUGUACUGAUACACCUGAAAAUUUGAGAGCUGAGGGGGAAUGUUGUGAAGGCACACAGAGCUUAGCUCAACACCUUUUGCUGCCAGUCCCUCUGCCAGAAGGGACCAAGAGAAGAAUCACCUUCAUGACUGUGAAUAAAUAUUGCAAUAGCUGAUUAUGGAGAA